AUGCCAACCUACCUCCUUGAAAUAGAUCUUUCCACCAAAGACACCUUCAAACACUUUACCCAAGUCAUCAAAGCUCUCUCCAACACUCCGCCUGAUUCCGACACCCAUUCUGAAUUAUCAGAAGCUGAUUCCGUAGGCCUUACGCAUGAUCCCGUGGACAGUGGACUUGUCGUCAUUCACUCCCACACCCUAGCAACCCUCACCAAGAUCCUAGAACCCCACCUCCCUUACUUCCCCAUCGCGCCAAAAAUUACUCAGACGUCUGAGAAAGGAGUCUAUGAUCCUGCUGGAUAUCCCGUACAGCAACUUUUGAUCCAUGUACCGCUGGAUUUUGAGUCUGAUGAUAAUGCUAAUGUCGAUGGGAAUGCGAAUGAAGAUGGUGGGGAAACAAAAAUCCAGAAAUUGAAGACAAUAUUUGAUGUAAAAUCAAUUCAACUUGAGCGAGAGGGGAAAGUAAGUGGGAUGCGACAGGGUGAAAUUGUUAUGCCUUCUUCAUCUCUAGUAUUCUCUUCAGAAAUGCAUUAUGAGGGUCGAAAAUGCAGGGUCUGGAGUAUUUGGCUUACGUGGGUGUCGGCAAAGGAAACUUAUCAUGAACAUGGUGAUGGGAAAGACGGGAAGGCUGGAGAGGAGAAAGAAAGUCUUGCAGGGCAGGUUGAUUGGAAGAAGAUGGGGGUGCUUGCAUGGGAGGAACGAAAUUGGAUGUUUACCAGUUUGAGAGAAUAUUUGGCGAAAGGUCAGAAAAGUUGUGUUGUCAUGUGA